CAUCCACAGCUCAUGUGACAGAGAGGGGCGCGGCAGUCAAAACAGACACAAAAUGGCUGCCAUAGGAGACGACGCCGCUGCAAUGGACAACAUUUCCAGGUCGCCCCGGGCCAAUUCCGGUCCUCCGAACGCCGCCGACGAUGUCAGGAGUCACGGGGAAGGCGCAGAGGACGUGAAGGAAGCACCGGCGCCUGUGGUUAAAAAACCCAACACCAACAGUGAUGGUGGUGUGGAAACGGCAGAAGAAGCCGUGGAGCCUGCAGAGCCUGACAUCAAUGAGUUGUGUACCGACAUGUUUGAAAAGAUGGCUGUCUUUCUUCAAGGAGAACUCACAGCGACCUGCGAGGAUUAUCGUCUGUUGGAGAACAUGAACAAGCUAACUAGUCUGAAGUACAUGGAGAUGAAAGACAUCAGCAUCAACAUCAGCCGAAAUUUGCAGGAUUUAAACAAUAAGUAUGCCAGCCUCCAACCCUACCUGGACCAGAUAAAUCAGAUUGAGGAGCAAGUGUCUUCGCUGGAACAAGCUGCUUAUAAACUUGACGCAUAUUCCAAAAAACUAGAAGCCAGGUUCAAAAAACUGGAGAAGCGAUGAAGGCAGCAACCGUAGCUUUCCAUCCGUCACUGACGACAUGGCGACAGGACAGAAACUGACACUCGAGGUCACUUUGACUCCUAGAAAACGAGUUAUUGAGGAUUGAGCGGCUCAAGGCUGCUGUGUUUGGGCUUAGAUUUGAACACUCAUAAUCGCUGAGUGACGCAGCAAAAGUUGUACAACAAUGACUGGGCACUUUGUUUACAGCGCAACAGCCUCAUCCUGGCUGAGUAGUAGCACAGGAGUUCAUGAUCUGCACUUGUUUAACAUCACUUAUCAAAUGUAGAUAGAUGGUACAUGAAGCAUGUUCACAGACUACUGAAGGCAAUCCUCCUCCUCCUCCUCCUCCUGAUUAGUAGCCUAAAAUGUAUUUAAAAUGAGUUAAGUGUUUGACAUUAUUCAAUGUUGUAAUUUUCUAAUAACACUUUUUUUUUUUUUAAAUGAAGUGAUGUGCACUUGAUUGCACAGAGUUGCCCUUUACUGACCACAACAUAAGGUAAACAUGCACAAUCUAAUUAAGAUAUACAAUAGCUCUAUCAGAAAUUAUGCCUAUUCAAAGAUACUAAUCCUCUAUUUUGCUUGAUGCUGUCCUCCCUGACAGUAUGGUUUUUAAUGUGCUUGUCGCACUAAGAGCUGUUAGGAUAUGAAAAUAGUGGAAUUUUUGACAGCUCUUGUAUUAGUAAAUGACAAAGCGUUCUACCAUGCAAGUACCGUUUGUUCCAUAUAACAGUGUUACAUGGCAAUAGAGGUGCAACGAUUAAUAAACUAAUCUAUCAUCAAAUGAAAGGACAACUAUUUUGACAAUUGACUAAUUGUUUAGAGACCUUGUUGAUUGUCCAAAUCCUCAGAAUGUCAGCCUCUCAACAGUAAUAUCCUCAGAUUUCUUUAGUCCUCCAUGAAAGCAGACUGAUUAGCUUUGUAUUUAAUUGAACUAAGACAUUUGCAAAUGUCUGUUUUUACUUUGAAAAGCAAUGAUCAAGAUUUUUGCCUGUUUUUUGACAAGGACCAAACCAGUAACUGAAUCAGAAUCAAUUCGUGUUUGUGCUUUUUCUGUGCCGUCAAUUUGAAAUAGUUCUGUUUUUUUAGUAAAGGCAUUGAAAUUAUUUUUAUCUGACUCAUUACUUAAUUAAAAAAUCAACAGGUUAAUUGAUUAUAAAAAUAACUGUUAGUUGCAGCCCUAGAUGGUUGAUUGCUGCGCUGCAUAAAUAACAUCAGUUCAUGCAAACUUUAUGGAACAAAUAUUGGCACUUCAAGGAAACACAAACCACCGACUGUGGAAGAAACAUGUCGUUCGUCUAUGGCAACACAUUUGGAACUAAGAGGCGCACUAAUUAUUCGCAGCUCAUGACUCACCUGAGUACGUCAACAAUGUCAAUGUCAAGAACACCAGCGUGGUAAGUUUGGACAAAAGUUAAAACUUUUCAAACAUUUUCAGGCUUUUUUAUAUAUAUUUACAAUAACUGUGUACUGUAAUGGGUGUUUUAGGCCAUGAAAAAAGGUACAAAAUGUUAUGCGGUUUCUUGGUUACGUACGUUGUGCAAUGGACUUUGCUGGACGUCGUAGGAAUACGUGGUCACAAAACACGAGGCACGCUCAGAAGUGGAGCGCAAUCGUUGUAACUGAUCUUGACUCAUCCGUACUUUCUCACCAGAGAAUACGUGAUAGGUCUCGCGUGCGUGUGUUUGUGUAAGGCCUAAUCUAAACCAGGUCUCUGUCAUUAGUCCAGUUGGGGCCCCGGCAAACACAGGGAACUCAUUAUUCAUACUGUAACAUUAUUUACUGUUGAACUGUGAUCCUUCCAUGUCUACUUUUUCUCCCUGCUUGUUUGCAAGAGGCUCUCAAAUUGGGGUCUAUUAAAUGAUUUUAUUUGUUAUUAUUUUAAGCACUGUAUGGGAGUCCAGCAGUCUGUCGAGCACAGAGAAAGUAAUUAAAGGUAAAUGUGUUCUGGGAUGAUUCACUGUAUGCGAAAUAGCAUACAAACGAGACCAUAUAGUAACAGUAAUGUUUGAGACGUGGAUGUUUUAUGAAACGCUCAUUAGCGAUAGGAUGGAAACUACAGUAAAUUUGGAGGUUAAAUUCACAGUAAGGAAUUCCAAUUUUGUCGCUGUCUAAUGAACAGCAUGAAUGCGGGGUGCUCGGUUUAUGGCGGUGCUCACAGGCGGGUUCGGAGUUACGAAAGGCGCGCAACCGUGAACUCUUUUUCUGAGUGGCGUAGGAAUACGUGGUCACAAGAAUAAAAUGGAAGAUCCUUUAUUGUCAUUGUAGUACACAACGAAAUUGGUGUAAUCCAAAAAAAGGUGGGGGACUAAAAUAACUGCAAAUAAAAAUGUUUAUGAUUUGCAAUAAGUAAAGGCAAUUUGAGGAAAUGAAUACAAAUAAAACAAAUUAUCAAUAAAACUAAAUGCAGUAAAAUGAGGUGCGAUGAUAUGGACUAGAGUGCUACUCUUCUAAACAAUGGAGGAUCUUGUGAGCAAUGCUGGGAUAUAUUCCAACUAUAUAUUUGCACAUCAUUUCUUUAUUGCACCUGUAGAAUGGCUAGCAAAUAGAUAUGAUAUACUGUAUGUUAAUAACAGUAAUAAGUAAAGAAAUACGCUCAGUUACCGCCAUACUUUCAACUUUUCCUUUGGAUGUUCAAGAUCUGGCCUUUUUUAAAAAAAAAAUAUUUCUUUAUUUAUUUUAAAUGCAAAUAUCUACUGCAAUUAUGAAUACUAUUGUGUUAGUGAUAGUCUAGUCUGUGGCACGCUCCAGGUCAAAAGCCGAUAGAAAUUUGUGCAAUUAUUUGGCAAAAAUGCAUGAUAAAACUGACAAACUUGAAAAUAUAUAUAUAAAAUUAUAUGGGGACGCAGGCACUCCAAAAAGCCGACUUAUGUGUAUACAAUCCAUUCUGGUCCAAUUUUCAUAAAAAAUGUCCCCUUAAUAUGCAAUACUCUCUGGAUUUUCCCAGAGAAAUGCUUCUUAAGCAAAAGCAAGCGCAAGCUCCUCACUCCAUAAAUCUCCAUAAGUGGAGAGCGGGCCCGAUAAACAAACAAAAAAAAACCAAGGCACACCGCCACGCCGCAGAGUUGUGUAACUGACAAACCAGCGAGCGAAAAGAUUGUGAAACCCUGCUCAUGAAUGAAAGUGGACAUACAGACACUUAAAGAGUCCUUUUAGUGACCGCAUUUGGUAUUUCUCCAGCAGUGUCCCAAACACAUCAGAUUGUAUUGCAAAACACUGGUCGGGAUCCUCUUGAGUGAAGGAAAUUACUCCAUAGACAUCCCAAAGGAAAUUUUGAAAGUGUAUCUAUUUGCUAUUAUUCAAUGCUGCCUUUUGCAAUUGCAUUGUGUAUUUCAAAACUGCGAUGGCUAGAAAAAUAUUGAUAAACCUCUCAUGGUGUGUUGACUAUACAUUUGUGUAUUUGCCGUAUAUGUAAAAAGAGAUGCACUGAAAAUCUUAUUUAUUAAAAAAGGGACCGUGCAUAUUAAUGAACAUUUUUAUAUAUGCCAGAUAGGUUGAUGUAACAUUUCAAGUAUGAGCACAGUAAAAACAAGAAAAUAUUCAUCAAGAGCCUCAACUCUUCCUGGAUUUGCCCGGGGGUGUUUAUUUGCUGAACUGCAGAGGGGACCAGACAUCUGUUAGGGUUUAGGAGGUUGCUUCAGCACUACAAAAGCAUUUUUAAAAUACCUGAUGCGGGCCCCUCGUGUGUUUGUGUGAAGGUGUCUGUGCACUCCUCAAUUUAAAACUGGGUUUUUCAGCAAAUUGAAAAAUUUGCAAUUUUCCGACAGCCGUCAACCUGGAAAAGUGGCAGAAAACUGACUCCCCCAAAAAUUGACAUUUAAAAAAAACAA